AUUAAUGAAUAAUAAGGAGGAGAUUGUUCUUGGAUAUCUAGAACCGUCUGAAAAUAUUUAAAAUACAGAGGAUGAAUUACCUUCCUAUGCAAAUGGAUUGCCUGUAGAUAAAAUUUAUUAAAUUUUAGUAAUUUUUGGAAUGUGAAGAUAAAUUUGAAUCAAUAAAAUGUUCUUAAUGUGGUAAUCCAAUGAAGAUGUUACUUUAAGUAUAUUUUAAUAAAAUAUUUAGAUUUAUGCGCCAUUAAAUAAUAAGCAUGCCUCUUUUCGAGAAAUUUAUGUUUUUCUAUGUCUUAAUGAAUAAUGUUCUAAACAUAAUUGUAGUAUUAGAGUUUUUAGAAUGUAAUCUUCUUAAAAACCUUAACUUUUUUAAUCAAAAAAUAAAGAUUAUAUAAUUUCACCACAAAGCAAAUAAUUUAUAAUAGAUACAGAAAUAAUAAGUGCAAAAGAAAAUAAUAAUGAAUUUUAGGUAGCAGAAGAAUUAUUACCAACUAAUUUAGAAGAUGAAGAUAAAGAUGUUGAUUUGAAGAAUGUAAAAUUUGAUAAUGAGAAUAAAAUUUAUGAAAAUUAUUUAAAAAACACUGAGGAAAAAGAAGAUAUAGAAGAAUUAGAUGGAUUAGAAAAAGAUUAAUAAAAUAAUAUUGAUGGUUGUUUUCUCAUUUAUUAACAGUAUGAAUAAUAAAAUAAUUAGUUUUUUGACCUAAUAUCAAAAUCAUGUUGUGAGAUAUUGUUUUGAUUCUUUAAGUAAGCCACUCUGGUUUAGUGACAAAAAAUAACCAUAAGUAGAAUCGAAAUGUCCAUAUUGCAAAAAAAAUAAGAUUUUUGAAUUUCAAAUCAAUAAUUCUAUUCUUACAUAUUUUCCAGAAUUGUAUAAUUUAGAAUGGGGAGCAUUGUAUAUUUACAGUUGUCCUUAAAGUUGUGCUGUUGGAGGUUAAAUUUUAAUAGAAGAAACUGUCUAUGCUCAUUCAGAUGAAUAAGAAUUUAUUAGUCCAAACUUAAAGGUAGAUCCAGAUACAAAAUUAGUCACAAUAAAAUAAGAUUCAAAUAAAUCAAAUAAAUAGAAACAAUAAAUUUAAUAAUAAUAGUAAAUUUAAUAAAAGAUUGAUGAAAAAGAUGACGAAGAUGAUUGGUGA